AUUUGCAAUUUUGCAUUAUAUUCUUGCGUUUUUCUAGCAUUAUCAGAUGCAUUAUUUUCUGUGAUUAUUUUCAUAUUCAGAAUCAGAAUAAUAACGUCACCCACAACUUCACUAAAAACGGCGAAUAGAUACGAGUUUUUAACGUCGAGGAAAUCUUGAAAAUGUCGAGUGGUUCCAAGAGUAAUUCUAACUUAGAUUCUAACCCAGAAAAUUUGUUUACAAAAGUUUCUUACAAAAGAAAAGGCAAAUCUACUCAUAUAUCAAAUGGACUAGUGAGUCUUAAUAAUACCAGUCAUUUAGAAGGACACCCAACAGAACAAAAAUGGAAUAUCAGAAUGGGCUUCUACGGCUACCACCAAACGAUAAUUUCUAAAUCACGCGAAUGGAAAUCUCUGGAGCACAUAUUAAGGCAUAGAUUGGACAUGGAAGGAGAGGAACGCCUGAUGUACCCCGAGAUGGGAAGGUACCCAUAUCCUCAAGUUUCUAAAAUAAUUUGUCUCGGAUUAGGAAGAAUAUCUGAACUUACUGUACCUAAAUAUCAAUUAGCUUUACUUUUAUGUUUGAAAGAAUUUUACUACGAUUUAAAAGAAGUAUAUGCUUACGAUCCUACUUUUAACGAUAAUGACAGAUUUGUGUUGAAUCAUUUUGGGAUUAAAACUGAGACCACAAAUCUCGAAGGUAAAUAUAUAGUGCCAGACAAUACACCUACAUUAUUUUAUUUACCCCAUUGCCCUAAGGAACUUUUAAACAAUCUCUUGUGGAGUAAUUGGGGACUUAAUUUGCAUUCCUGUAUAGUGUUAAGUAACAGUAUAUGUAAAGUGAUAGAAGAUAAUAGACAUAGAGAUCUUCAGAUAUUUGCUGAGUAUAUUUUAAGAAUAGAUCCUUACGUGACAGAGUUUGGUAUUGAAAAUAGUUCUGAACUUUAUGAAGCAUUUAAUGAUACUGCUCUACAUUGUUUUUAUUACAACAUAUUAGAAAAACUUCCUCUUGAUUUUUGGGCUAAAAGAAAUGAACCACAAUAUCCUAAUGAUUCAGAAUUAAAGCAUAAAAAAAAAUAAUUUUUGUUAAAUGUCAUAAUGGCAUUCAUUUUAACGCCUAGGCUUAAAAGUAAAGCACUUUUAUGCCUAAGCACAAAAGUACAAAAAUAUGUCACAUAUUAGGGUAACUAUGGGUAUUAUGAGAUACCACUUUUAUUUGAAGACUACACGGGAUGAUAUGUCAUUCUCAAGGUUAUUAAAUUAAACAGCAGUGAGAUUCUGUAAGCUCCUUAGCAAGACAUUUCCUGUCUAGCCUAUGCUAUUUGUAUAUUUUUACAGAAUUGGUCCUUAGGUUGACUGUUGCCUCGUAACUUGACAUUAGCCGCCAUAUUGCGCGUCAUCGUGUUGUAUCCUUGUUGUAUCCAGCAGAUUUCAGCUUGUUUACAAAUAAUUUUAUAUUUUUUUCAUGUAUUAAGUGCAUUAGAGGACGGUUUUACUGGACAUACUAUAUUUAUUUUAGUUUUGGUGUGCUUAAUGUAUUAUAAUUAUUAGAUAAUGAACUAUGUAGAUAUUUUUUUAAAAUUAUUUAUCUAAUUUUCCUUAGAAAUAGAGAUUAUUCCUACCUAUAGCAGCCUAUUGUUCAGUGUUGUUUUUGCUGAGUGAUGUCUCAAAGGUGGCUCACCCCACACCACUUUGGCCACUUUCGGUUUCACCGGAUAUGACUACAACUUUUGAUUUUUAAAUGGUACCCUCGGUAUUUUUUUACUUUAUUCGAUAGAAAAUGACACCCUGAAUCGAAUGAUAUAUCAUAUGUCAACUUUUGAC